AUGGUGGUGGCUGUUCGGGGUGAACACGCUCACGGGUUUCUGUUGCUGGAAAUGAAGUUCCGUCUCUAUGGCUAUUGUUACCAAGAUAGCAAUGACAUCCCAGACACACUGACGACCAUCACUGAACUAGGCUCACCUUUAGAGAUGAUUCAGCUUUUACAGACUUCCUGGGAAGACAGAUUUCGAAUAUGUCUCAGCUUAGUUCGGCUUCUGCAUUAUUUGGCUCACUCUCCUCUUGGCUCUGUGACAUUACUGGAUUUUCGCCCUCGGCAGUUUGUGAUCGUGGAUGGGGAACUGAAGGUGACGGAUCUGGAUGAUGCCAGCAUCGAGGAGAACUCUUGCACCAGCAACAGCGACUGCUUUAUGGAAUUCCCAGCGAGGAACUUCACCCUGCCCUGUUCGGUUGAGGGACGAUGUCAGAACAUGAACGAAAAGAGGAAUCUCUACAAUGCCUACAGGUUUUUUUUUACAUAUCUUCUUCCACACAGUGCUCCAUCCUCAUUGAGACCAUUACUGGAUAAGAUACUCAAUGCAACAGGAGAACUUCACUGGGGAAUAGAUGAGACGGCUGCUCAGCUAGAGAGAGUUUUGAAUUUGUAUAAGAGUGGAGAGUACCUACAGAACACGACCCGGAUGCCCAAAGCUGAGUACAGGCGGGUGCCUGAAGCUUUUAUUCCUGAUGAGAACUACAGAUGCUGGCCAUCUUACCACCAUAAGGCCUGCCUCCUCUCCGUGUUUGACAUCAGCGAAGCCAUUGAGAUCUGUGACAGCUACUCCCAGUGCAAAGCUUUCGUCUUAACUAACCAGACGACUUGGACAGGUCGACAGCUUGUCUUCUUCAAGAUGGCCUCAAAUCACAUCGUGCCUGAUCCUGACAAGAUAACAUAUGUGAAGGUGACAGACUGACAGCUAAAGUGGCUCAGUCUGACUCGUGAGUGACAAGAGCUGUUUGUGUAUAAAUAUAGGCAGCUGUUAGGUAUAAGGUGGCUGUGGCCGGAGAGAUAAUUGCACUAUUACUCAUUCUAAUCUAUAGAGUGCUAAACAAAACUUUAAAGAAAUAACCUGCAUGACCAGGAUGGAUGUGCAAUAAAACAACAUUUUGAAAAUGUGACUUUUUUUUUAAAAAAAAAGCAAAGUACAAGUAUGAUACACUACUAGGAUAUAAUUUUGGGUAUAAAUCAGCUGGCAGCUCUGGCUUUUCUAACCAAGGUUAGCAUAAUGUUUCUGACCUGUGCAUGUGUGCACAGGGAUGAAAGUUGAUCAUUUCUAUGGGAAGUCUGUAUCCUCCGCGCUGAUACUUAUUUGGGCACGUACAAUCACAACAGACUAACUGAAGCAUAUCAGGUUGUAAGCUGAAUAGCAAACGUUUCUGAAGACAAUCAGCAUUUGUGUUAAAGCUAUCAAAUAU